AUUUACGCGUUGUAAAAGUAACAGUUAUUUCAAAUCGUAUGGAAACUGAAAUAAGUUCAAUCAAAAAUAACAUUUCGACCGAAAUAAACCCCCUUGAUAUUUUAUUGUCAGCCAGUUGGAAUAGACAAGUUGUAAAAGAAAGCUGUCAAAAAUAUCUAAACAUUUAUAAUUAUAAUAAAAACUGAAUAAAUAACUAAAUAAAAUUGAAGAAAAUAAACAAAUAUUAUUCAUAUAAAAUAAAUAAAUUUUGUAAUAAUUAUAAACUUUGUUAAUCAAACUUUAAAUAGCAAAUGCCAAAUAAAAAUCCUUAAAUAAUCCUUAACGAACUAAAUAAAAAUCUAGUGUUGUGGCAAAAAAUCGAUAAAAUCUCCACCAAAAUCACAAAAAAAAAAUAUUUUAUUUAUUUUUGUAACAUUUAAAUAUAAUGGCCGCUGCAAAUAAAUGCAUCAAUUAUAUUAAUAACUUGGAAAAGGUGGAGAAAAUCAACAAAAAUUUAGUUACCAAAGAAAUAACAAAAGGAGCUGGUGAAUCUGACAUUAGCAGGACAAGCUUGAAUGGCGCCACAAAGGCGUCGUCCAUAACUUUAGAUGAACGUCUGUCAAAGGAUGUUAAUGGUGUGUUCCCCAAAAGAAGACAAGAUGUUCUUAAAUGGUAUGGUUGGGGUUAUAAGGAUUCAGAAUUUUAUGUAAAAAAUAAUGUUAUACAUUUUCGAGGUGAUAGAUAUCCCCUGGAAGGUGCCGCCUUACCUUAUUUCACCGAUUGGGUGCUCAAUACUUUCAAUGUAACCGUUUACGAUAAUAUACCCAAACCUUCGCUACCCCUAGAAUAUCCACGACCCACCGUUAAUCUCAAAUUUCUGCAAGAACUACAUGAAACCGACAUCGCCUACAGUCAAGAAGGUAUCGAUCGUUUUAUUCGAUGUCAUGGUCAAACUUUACACGACAUUUACUACUUAAGUCACAAUAAAUUUCAAAGAAUACCCGAUGUAGUAACCUGGCCCAAUAAUCAUGCACAGGUGGAGAAACUAGUGGCCCUGGCCCACAAGCACAAUGUGGUGGUGUUACCCUAUGGUGGCGGUACUUCGGUAUCGGGAGCUACCACUUGCCCCCAGCUAGAGAAACGUAUGAUUUGUAUAUUGGAUACCUCGCAAAUGAAUCGUAUGCUGUGGUUGAAUAGAAAAAAUCUAACGGUUUGUUUUGAGGCCGGCAUAGCCGGCCAGGAUUUGGAGAGGAUUUUACGCAAAGAAGGCCUAACAGUGGGUCAUGAGCCGGAUAGCUAUGAAUUCUCUACGCUGGGAGGUUGGGUGGCCACCCGAGCCUCGGGCAUGAAGAAAAAUGUCUAUGGCAACAUAGAAGAUUUGGUGGUUAGAGUGAAACUAGUAACACCCUCUGGUGUCUUGGAUAGAGAAUGCACUGCUCCUCGUAUAUCCUGUGGGCCCGAUUUUAAUCAUGUCAUCAUGGGUUCCGAGGGUACUUUGGGUGCUAUAACCGAGGUGGUAUUGAAAGUAAGACCCUUGCCGCCCGUCAAACGCUACAACUCCUUGGUAUUUCCUGAUUUUGAAAGUGGUGUGGGUUUUAUGCGCGAAGUAGCCGAACGUCGCUGUCAACCGGCUUCGGUGCGUUUAAUGGACAACAAUCAGUUUAUUAUGGGUCAAAGCCUGAAACCUGUAAAGGGUUGGCGGGAAGAUAUGAUGGAUGCAUUUAAAAAGAAAUACUUAACAAUGAUAAAAUGUUUGGAUUUGACAAAAAUUUGUGCCGCCACUUUGCUGUUUGAGGGUGAGGUGGAAGAUGUUGAGCGACAAGAGUCACUGAUUAUAAAUAUAGCGAAAAAGCAUAAAGGUUUUUCGGGUGGUGGUCAAAAUGGUGAAAGGGGUUAUAUUAUGACUUUCGUUAUAGCUUAUAUGAGGGAUUUGGCUUUGUUGUAUGAUAUUGUGGCGGAAUCUUUUGAGACCUCGGUGCCCUGGGAUCGCUGUCAUAGUUUGUGUCAAAAUGUUAAAAGGCGCAUAGAAUUGGAAUGUCAUGCGAAAAGCAUUCAUCAUUUCUCCAUCUCCUGUCGCGUCACACAAACCUAUGAUUCCGGUGCCUGUGUUUACUUUUAUUUUGCAUUUAACUACAAGGGUUUCUCCAAUCCCGUCGAACUUUUCGAGCACAUAGAAAACGGGGCCAGAGAUGAGAUACUGGCUUGUGGUGGUUCACUUUCCCAUCAUCAUGGCGUGGGUAAAAUACGUUCUCAAUGGUAUACAAAGACCAUAACACAGACUGGGGCAAAUCUAUAUAAAGCCACCAAACAGCAAUUGGAUCCUAAAAAUAUAUUUGCCAUGGGAAAUCUGUUGCCGGUGGAGCAGCAGCCUCAAAAGGAAUUGAGUAUAGAGCAGAAUUUGCUAAAGGCUAAACUUUAAAUUUAGAGAAACUAAAUUUCGACUAAUUCUACCUUUUUUGAUUUCACAAUUUCAAUUUGUAAUUUUUAGUUUUUUUUUGCUGAUAAUUUCAUUAUAUCAGUUAUUUUGUUUUGUAUUAUAUUUAGGAGUAAAUUAGAACAAAACUUAAAGUAUGCCAAGGAUUUGCUUUGGUGUGUUAAGUGAACUUUUUUUUAUUUAUAAGUUUUCUGCAUUUUUAUGCUUUGUAUGGCUUUUUUAGUUUUAAAUUAAUUGUAAAUUUCUUUUGAAAUCAGUUUCUAAUUCAAUUGUUUUUCUUUGUUAUUUUCUUUUGUUUGUUUUAUAAGCAGGGGUUUUGUUUGUUACACAAAGUUGUAUUAUUUUAAAUUUUUAAAUAAAAUAAAGAAAUUUUUACCACAA